GCUCAUUGUUUGUGGAUAUACAGAAUAUACAGAAUAUGCAGAGGCUCAGUAUAUCGCUGCUACUUGCGCUUUUUGCCUGGAAUGCGCACAUGCCUUCAGCUGCAACGCAGUCAGUGUGCCUGCUGCAGGAUGCGCCAAAACAAUGUGGCGAGUUCUGCCUCACAGCUCUGAGCCCCAUGCUGGAUCACAUUGCCAGGCACGAGGCCGAGUGGGCGUCGAGUGUUCUGCAGGCGAACGCAACCGGGGCGAGACUGGCCAGGAUCGAGGCUCUGCAGGCGGCGAUGAACAUCAGGCAGAAGGUCCUGCAGGAGGUCUUCCCUAAGGACAUCGGGGCGAGGCUGGACAGACUGGAAAGUCAGCAGGCGGCGCUCUUGCGGAUACUCUCCAAGUUCGAUAGGAAAAUAGUUCCGCCCAAGUUCGAGUUGAUCGGCUCGAGGUUCUUCUACAUAGAGGACGAAACGCGUAUGAACUGGACCUCGGCUGGCAGCUACUGUCGCCAAAUGGGCACCCAACUGGCCACCAUUCGCAGUGCGGAGGAGCUGGCUGCGCUCAGGGCCAAGCUCAACAAGGAGCGACACUACUGGCUGGACAUCACCGAUCUGGAGAAGGAGGGCGACUUCAGGGUCUCAGCGUCCGGCAAGAGGCCCAACUUCCUCAAGUGGAGAGUGGGCCAGCCCAAUAACUUUAGCGGCAAUCAGCACUGCGUUGAUCUUUUAGACGGGCUUAUGUACGACGACAAAUGCGAUAGCCUGAGCUACUUCAUAUGCCAGUCCGACGAUGAUAGUUUGGACUAAGAGUGGCCGCUAUAUACUUAGCUAGUACGCCAGAACUGCCUGAGGGUGUAUCUGAAAGAUGAUCUACAUAUACUGAUACUGAAUCCAAGCACUUCGUUUAACACCGAAAGCGAAAGUACCUGCUCAUUUUUGCACAAAUCAUUAUAUUUGGGAUCUUAACUCUUGCUCGAUUCAAUAGGGUUUCGUUUCAGCUUCUGGUUGAGGCUGCCUGAACUCACAGCUGAUAAACGAGUGCCGGAGUCUGGGACAACUUUGCUUGCGUAUUUUGUUUUACAACAUGUUUGUGUUUGCCCCUGAUAUCCAACAUCUAUCCAGAUAGAAGCGUGCUAAAUAUAAAAGUAUCUGAUAA